CCUCGGGCUGGGAGGGGCAGUGCCAAUGCGGAUACCGGCACCAACUGCAUUGGCCGAGGCCCCACGUCCGCUGCUGAUUGGCUUCCUCCGAGAGCGCCCACUUCCGGGGACGCCAGGGCAGUGCGGGAGGGGUACCGGUGGCCACGUUGUGAUCUGCCUCCUGCUGUCCAGCACACAGGCCCCCAUCCCAGAGGGGUUUGCCCGCCACUGUCGCUGAAUAAAUUGCGUCAUCGAGAGCCGGGAAGACCAUUUUUGCAUCCCUCUUCGACUUCUGAUGUACCUGCCAUGACGUCAUAGCUCUGCGAAGGUGUAAGUCGAUGUUGGUGAGACCUGACAUAACCAGCCAGAUACGAGGCCAAAGGUCUGCAUGGAGCCCAGAGGGACCAAGAGAGGAGCUGCAAAGAUAAGAGUAGCUGAGCCCUGCAACAAACUCCCUCGCCCAGCACCCUCACUGCCCACAGACCCUGCCCUCUACUCUGGGCCCUUUCCUUUCUACCGGCGCCCUUCUGAACUGGGCUGCUUCUCCCUGGAUACACAACGCCAGUACCAUGGAGAUGCUCGAGCCUUGCGCUACUACAGUCCACCUCCCACCAACGGUCAGAGCCCCAACUUUGACCUCAGAGAUGGAUACCCUGAUCGAUACCAGACCCGGGAUGAAGAGGUCCAAGAGAGACUGGACCACCUGCUGCGCUGGCUCCUGGAGCACCGAGGCCAGCUGGAGGGGGGUCCCAGCUGGCUGGCAGGGGCCACAGUGACGUGGCGGGGGCACCUGACAAAGUUACUGACGACACCAUAUGAGCGGCAGGAAGGCUGGCAGCUGGCAGCCUCCCGGUUCCAGGGGACGCUGUACCUGAGUGAAGUAGAGACACCAGCUGCCCGGGUUCAGAGGCUUAACCGGCCACCCCUCCUCCGGGAGCUUAUGUACAUGGGGUACAAGUUCGAGCAGUACAUGUGUGCAGACAAACCUGGAGGCUCCCCAGAUCCUUCUGGGGAGGUUAACACCAACGUGGCCUUCUGCUCUGUGCUACGCAGCCGCCUGGGAAACCACCCUCUGCUCUUCUCCGGAGAGGUAGAUUGCACAGACCCCCAGGCUCCAUCCACACAGCCCCCAGCCUGCUAUGUGGAGCUCAAGACCUCCAAGGAGAUGCACAGCCCUGGCCAAUGGAAGAGCUUCUACAGACACAAGCUCCUGAAAUGGUGGGCUCAGUCGUUCCUCCUGGGGGUCCCAAAUGUCGUUGCUGGCUUCCGUACCCCAGAGGGUUUCAUCUGCUCCCUCAAGACCUUUCCUACCAUGGAGAUGUUUGAACACGUCAGGAAUGACCGUGAUGGCUGGAACCCCUCCGUGUGCAUGAACUUCUGUGCCGCCUUCCUUAGCUUUGCCCAGAACACAGUUGUCCAAGAUGACCCCAGGCUCGUCUACCUCUUCUCCUGGGAACCUGGCGGCCCAGUCACAGUGUCUGAACAUCGAGAUGCACCCCAUGCCUUCCUGCCUACAUGGUACGUGGAGGCCAUGACCCAGGACCUCCCCCCUCCCCCCAAGACACCCUCCCCCAAGGACUGAUGCUUCACAGGGGCUGGUCCUGUUUCUGUGCACAGAUAAAGGCCUGUUUCUAGGUGGUU